AUGUCUGAUUUGGACGAUUUAAUUAACUCUUUUGAAAGUAUUGAGAUAAACGAUAAUAGCUCUGACUCCGCUUCAAAUACAGAAGUGUUAACUGAUCAAUCUAAUAAUCAAUUAGAAACUGAAGGUUAUCUUCUAACAAGGGUUGAAGGCAAAAUAGGCUCCCCCGAGAAACCCCUCAGCGAUUUGGGUUUAAUUUCUUAUCGGUCUUAUUGGAAAGACGUUUUGCUCAAUUAUUUAUGUUCCAGAGCUGGAACUACGUUAUCCGUCAAGGAUAUUAGUCAAGAAAUGGCUAUACAUUCCUAUGACAUUGUUUCGACUCUACAAGCUCUGGGAAUGAUGAAAUACUGGAAAGGUAAGCAUAUAAUUCUUAAAAAACAAGACGUUUUGGAUGAGUACGUCGAGAGGGUACAAAGACGAGGGUCUUUGCUUAAGGAAAUCGACCCCUGUUGCUUAAGAUGGACGCCACCUCAAAGUCAAGUGUCUGCGUGA